AACUGGCUUCCCUUAGCGCCCUAGACAUGGAGGAGCCGGAGGAACCUGUGCCCGAUUCAGGUGCUGUGUUUACAUUUGGAAAAACUAAAUUUGCUGAAAAUUUUCCCAACAAAUUCUGGUUUAAAGGUGAUGACACACCUAUGUAUCUUUCAUGUGGAGAUGAACACACUGCUAUUGUUACAGGAAAUAGUAAACUUUACAUGUUUGGCAGUAACAACUGGGGUCAAUUAGGAUUAGGAUCCAAGUCAGCUGUCAGCAAGCCAACAUGUGUCAAAGCUCUAAAACCUGCAAAAGUGAGAAUUGCUGCCUGUGGAAGGAACCAUACCCUAAUUUUAACAGAAGGAGGCACUCUAUAUGCAGCUGGAGGAAAUAACGAGGGACAGUUGGGACUUGGUGACACAGAAGAAAGAGAUACUUUUCAUCUGAUCAGCUUUUUUACAUCCCAGCAUAUGAUUAAACAGCUCUCUGCUGGAUCUAAUACUUCAGCUGCACUAACUGAGGAUGGACAACUUUUUAUGUGGGGUGAGAAUUCUGAAGGGCAAAUUGGUUUAAAAGAUAUACCUAAUGUAUGUGUCCCUCAUCAAGUGACCAUUGGGAAACCUAUCUCCUGGAUCUCAUGUGGAUAUUACCAUUCAGCUUUUGUAACAAUGGAUGGUGAACUGUACACAUUUGGAGAACCUGAAGGUGGGAAAUUAGGUCUUCCCAGUGAGCUGCUGACCAAUUACAGAACACCCCAACUGGUGUCUGGAAUUCCCGAGAAGGUGCUCCAAGUAGCUUGUGGUGGAGGACACACCGUGGUUCUCACAGAGAAAGCUGUGUAUGCGUUUGGGCGGGGACAGUUUGGUCAGCUGGGUCUUGGCACUUUUCUUUUUGAAACUUUUGAGCCCAAAGUCAUUGAGCAUGAGAAUAUUAAGAAUCAAAAAAUAAGUUAUAUUUCCUGUGGAGAAAGUCAUACAGCUUUGAUAACAGAUGUAGGACUUAUGUAUACUUUUGGAGAUGGUCGACAUGGAAGAUUAGGACUUGGACUGGAGAAUUUUACCAAUCAGUUUGUUCCCACUUUGUGCUCUAAGUUUUUGAGAUUUAUAAUUCAGUUGGUUGCUUGUGGUGGAUGUCACAUGAUAGUCUUUGCUACUCCUCGACUUGGUGUGGCAGAAAGAAUUGAAGUAGGUGAAGCAAAUGAUUCUUCUUUAUCUGCAGCAACUUUUCCUCCCACUGGCAACCUGACCUCAGGAAACACACUGGAUAGAACUGUAUCAGCACGUGUGCGGCGACGAGAGAGGGAGAAAUCCCCAGAUUCUAUUCAAACUAUGCGAACACUACCUCCAAUAGAAGGGACUGCUACCGCACCAGCUUUUUUUCCCCCUAAUUCAGACCCUUCCCAUUUGUCUAUGAGUAACCUGCCAGAGAAAACCAAAUCUGAGAAGGAGGACUCCUUGCCACCAAUGGAACCAGAUUAUUUUCAAGAUAAAAUGACCAAAGGCAAAGAGAGAGAAAAUUCUUCAGGAGAGGAUUCAGAAAGCCUUGGAGAAACUACUGAUGUCUUAAAUAUGACACAUAUGAUGAGCCAGAAUUCCAAUGACAAGUCAUUAAAAUUAUCACCAGUUCAAAAACAAAAGAAACAAGAAACAAUUGAGAAACCGAUGCAGCAUACAGCUGAUUCUGAAACUGAUGAUAGUAAUGAAUAUGAAGAGAUGUCAAAAAUGAAAGAAAGGAAAGCAUAUCAACAACAUGUGACAAAAGGGAUAUUCAUCAUGCAAGCGGCUGUGACCGUGGAAGCAUAUUCAGAUGAAGAAAUAGGGUUCCCAGAGGAGCAGAAAGGAGCAGAGGAUUCAGAAGGAGGCCACUUAGAGGAGCAAGAGGUAGAAACACAUAAGGAGAAUGUGGAGGUGCAUGGAGGAAGAAAGGAGGAAGCAGAGGACCUGUCAGAUGACCUUACAGACAAAGCAGAAUAUUCUGCCAAUCUCUCCCAAAUUGUUUCAGUUUGA